AUGAUUAUGGAAAUAACUGCGCUCAGAGCCCAGCUCGCUGACUUGGAGGAUGAAAAUGCUGGUCUCAGAGAGAAGAUUAGAAAAGAAGUACGGGAUGAAUAUGAAUCAUUAGUGCGGAACCUAUUUGGGACGUGUGUCCAUCUAAAAGGAAAGUUGGACAUCUAUCGACUUAGCAUUGAGCAACGAGUACUUGAAAUCAUCAGUGAAGUGAGAAGGGAAGGAGCAGACAAUAUGAUUGAUCUGAAGAAAAAGUUUGGCUCCCCUGAAACUAAUGAUGACUUGGAAGAACACUUGUCUAAAGAAGCUCUUCAAAACAAAAAAGAGUGUCUUAAUGCAAAGAUGAUGGCAGAACAAGAGGUGACUUCAUUGCAGGGUCAGCUCACGUCUGCAAGGAAAGCUCUUGAAAAAUCUCAAGCAGAAAAUAACAAGCUAAAGGAACAGCUGCAUAAGCAGAAACAAAUACUGUUGGAAAUGGAACAUCAGAAGACACAAGAAGCCAGGAAAAGGCAAAUUCUCACUGUGGUGAAAGCUCAAAACACAGAGAAGGUGCUUGAAGAGAAAGAGCAGAAACUGAAAUGCCAAGUGAAGGAAGCUGAAAAGCCUUGUAAAACAGGACUACUUCAACAAAAAAGGGCCAAAACAGCUAUGCAGCAGACAAGAAGCCAGUUAACCCGAGAGUACAGCUUAAACCUGGAGGCCUUCCAGAACAUUGAUGAACUGCCACGUCAAGUUUAUGACCUGGAAGCUGCAGUUUCCCAGAGGAACAUGACUGCAGGUAAAGACAGAUUGUGUGUUGCAACCUGCUUUCUCGGGACAGUAAGUCUUAUGGGCUAUGUGCCACCUUCCUGGAUCCCUCCUUAACCUUUGAACCAAUUGGCAACUUCAGCCAAGUAUGAAAGAGACGCCCUACUCCAUAACUAAAGUGUAUGGGUGGAAGAGAAAGGCCUAAUCUUGAGGAAAAGCCAGAACUCAAAAGCCACAUGCCUUUUUUCACUACAGCUGCUCAAGCAGCACAAGAAACACUGAGUCCCACAUUAAUAGCUUUCAACCACAGCUCACGUCAUCUUUUGCACUGUAAGAAUAUCAUGGGAAAUCUGAGUGGGGCUACAUUCAGGGGAGGAGGCAGUUAGGAAACCAAGGAUCUCAAGUGGUAGGAAAUUGGCUUCAUUAGUGGCCCUGGUCUUCUAACAGCUUGCUUACACAUCAUGAGGGGCAGCCAAACUGGUAAUUCAAGGAGAUGCAUGACUAUGAUUUUAAGUAUCUUUAGAGGAGCUCAAAACAGCAGUGAGAAUUUUCCAGAUCUUAACUGACUUAGUUUGGAACUCAAAGCUUUACCAGAAAUUGUUCUUCUCUGCUGUUUCUUUUCUUCUUUGGUUUUGUUUUUUUACAGUGCUUACAUAAUUCAAGUACCUUAGAACAGUGAUUAAGGAUUUUUAUUCCUACCUGCCUGAACUGGCUGCUUUUCUCCAUGGUAGCAAAAUCCUACUGGCCCUUCAGUCUGACAGAUUCAUGCAGAUGGGCAAUCCCUAAAUUCCACACCAAAUAAAUAAAUAAGAAAAACAACAACAAGCUUUCAAAGUGAAUUUCUAUGCUACGAAGAAUAUAAAGUACCACAAAUUUAGUUAUUGUUUCCUUCUGCAGGAAGGGAAGAUGUUAGUUAUUCCUGUCUGAGAAAACUGAGAAAUGCUCCUUAUCACACUGCUAAAGACACUAUAUGAACCAAUUCUGCAGAAAUAAAGCACAGGGAGGUAUCACUAAUUAACACACACAUAUAUGUAUGUGGUUUCUAUGUAAAAAUUUGUCUUUUGUGUUAAUCUGAGUAAUACAGUUCUAUUCCUUUGCUAUUGAGUAACACUAACCUUCCUCAGUCCUACAGCAUUUGCAAUGGCUCUUUUUGAUUGAAAAGGCAAAGUUUUUUUUUUUGUUUGUUUAAAUGGGGCAAAUCGCCUCUAGGAACUGCCUGUAUAGACCCCAAGCUGUACACAGAUACCAGCCAGAGUUAGUUCAUGUUAGGCAUAACAGAAACCACAGUAUUUGACUCAGGGUUCUUCUUAUAGUGGCUGAAGGGGUAGCAUUAAGUGGCGGCACCUCUGCUUUUGAAAAGCCUAAAAGGAUAAAGAUGAGAAUUUGCCAGGGAACGUAUUAUAAACUAUUCCACUCCUGCAUCUUUUCAUCCUAGCUUUGAACAAUACCACAAAAGCCAGAGUUGCAAGGAGAGUAGAUGCACAUGAUGAGGCAGCAAGAAUUUUCUGCUUCACUAACCCAUCUCCUACUGGGGGUAGGAGUGCUCAUACUCUCAUUACUAUGAAAGAGAAGGGCUUCGGGUGAGCUGACACACAAAAACACUGCAAAUAAUUUUUGUUCUGUGAAUAUCAUAUACAAACCACUUUUUCCAGACUAAGAAGCAU